UCUAGUACACAUUAUAGAUGUCUGUGAUCAGGCCCCGGUGUACCGUUCUAGCAACUCUGGUUCUAGGUUCUAGUGUAACGUUUAGUGGUGUGCACAUACCGAUUGUCACAUUGUGGUGUUCAUAUUCUCGUAUGAUAGCGUCCAAUUAAAAAGACAAAUAUGUCUCUCCUAGACAUUUUUCCGAACGAAAUAUUGCUAAUAAUUUUUAAUUUAUGUGAUGUAUAUAGUUUACUGCAGCUCAGAAGAGUAUGCAAAAAACUUGAUGUAAUAUCAAGAGAGGUCUUAGAUAAAAAAAGUAACCAUUUACUUGUUACGAAUCAAAUGUCGGAAAAAUUUCGCGAACGAUGUAAACCACUAUUAUCUUCGUAUAAUUCUAAAUUUCUUAUGCAUUACAACUGGAAAUUUGGAAUAGCUUGUAGACUUUCCAUCGAUACAUUACCUAAAGUUUACAAUGAAAAUAUGACAGCCAGGAGAAUGAACGAAAGAUGCCUAAAAAUGACUAAAAAUACAAUUUGGUUUUAUGACAAAAAUGUUCUUUCAGCUUGUAAUCGUGCAGAGGACGGUAGCAUUGCGCAAAACAAGAUUCAUAGAACUGUUAACUCUCAAUUUUCAAGCAUUGCUUAUUGCAAUGAUAUAAUUAUAAGCGGUCACGUAGAUGGCAGUAUUAGGCUUUGGAGAUUUGAAUCACAGAAUAACAUUAAUAAUCUUCAACAAUUAAAAGCACAUUCCAAUGUACAUGGUAAGCACGUUUCGAAUAUAGAAGCAACAACGCAACAUAUUAUAUCAAGUUCUUCAAAUUUAAUAAAGAUACAGAAAAAUACACUUGAAAAUGAUGAUUUCGCGGAAGAAAACGAAACAAUUUAUAGCGGCAAGAAAUUGAUUCAGUCAAUUUCAUUAAACCCUACGGGAACAAAUGUAGCUGCUAGUACCGAAGAAUCGCUUCUAAUUUAUGAUAUUAAUAAAAAUUGUGAGGCAAUGAAUAAACGUAUAAAUGAUAAUACUUGUUCCCAUUUACUAUGGGAUGAUACUCACACUAUUCUCAUGCUGUAUAAAAAAUGUAUUAAAAAAAUGGAUAUAAGAACAUCCGAAUUUGUACGUACAUGGAAUGCUUCAUUUCCAAACAAAAAAUGUGAAUUAUGCUGUUUUUCUUCAGAUAAUUUGUAUAGUAUUAUUACAGGGACGAAUAUUGGUACAAUAAUUCUGUGGGAUCAAAGAAUAAGCGACUACAUUCAAACCUAUGGUAUAAGUCGUAACUAUCGUUACGACUGUGUUAUUAUGAACCCUGUAUUUUCUGUGCAGUUUGAUAGCACUCAUAUGUAUGCUAUUACACUAAAUGAAGGUGUGUUUGAAUAUAAUUUUUGGAGAAAAGACUAUUAUAACCGCGCUAAAAAAAGGAAAGAGUAUUUUAGCAACUUUAUUUAAAUAAAAAAAAUUUAACAAUUUUUCUUCUAUUCUCUUCUAUAUACUUUGAUUGUUUACAUAAAUUAUAUAAUGAAUGUCAUGAAAUGGAAAAUAAAUGUAAAUCUUUGUAUGUAAUGUUUGCUUCAAAAAUCCAUAUUUCUCAAAUCAUAAUAUUAGCGUGUGUGAAAUCUAUUAGUCCAAAACAAAAAAAGUUUUAUAAUGUUUAGCGCUGGCAAUUAAUUCACAGGCAAAUAUGUCCAAUCCGUCCAAAAAACAACGUCAAAAGUAUUUAUAAAAUUAAUUUAAACUAAAGCAACAAACUUGUUGGUUUAAAAAAAGUUUUAUAUAGAAUACGUGUUACGCUUAUUAUUUCUGCAUUUGGAACAAAUUACGAUUGACGUGAUAUGCGCAAUAUUUUUGCGUAAGAAAUAAAAUAGAAUAUUGAAGUUAUAGUGGUAAAUACAAAAUUAAAAAAAUUUAAAUAUUAUAAAAAUUACGUUUGGAAAAAAAUUGUUUUAAGAACAAAUUGUUACAAAGUAAAGAUUGUACGUAUGACGAUAAAACAUACUGACAAAUAUAAUGUAAUAAAAAUUUUAAAUUAAUUAGAACAAAACUGACCAGAAUAUGUCGCACAUUAGAUUCGUAAACUUUAUUUUGUAAAAAACAAGAUUAAAAUUUUAGGGCCGGUUAUUACCAAUUUUCUGGUAGACUGUCGAAAUAAACAUCAAUAAAUAUCAGUGACUGUUGUAUCAAUAAAUAUCAUUAAUUUGUCGAUAAUGUUAACCUACGGAUUUUAUUCUUAUUACCAAGAAGUAAUUUUACUCGUUAAUCCAACCAUCGAAUAAGGAUUACUGAUAUUUAUUUUAGGUAACUGAGAGAUAAAGUCCAUGAAAAAAUUGGUAUAAACAGCCCUUAAACGAAAAUUGUCAGACCGUAUUUAACAAUAAAACGAUAUGUACAUAUGUUAAAUAUUCUCCAAAUAUUCUUAAGAAUUGCAUCACUACUUUAUA